AUGGUCCCGAGAACCAUGUUUUCCAACGAGGUCUACCUGCUGCCCCUCAAGGACGACGGCUCCCCCGAUGUCCAGGGCGAGUACAUCUAUCUUGCUCCUAAGACCCAAGAUGCUGUAACAAUUCGCUUUGCCAUCGAGGGCACCUCGAGCAUAUGUCGUCAUGGCAGUCUCUGGGUCAACAUCCCCGAACAAGGCGUCGAGUUCCGGAGAGACAAGUUUCGCGAGUUCAAGCUUGUUCCCGACUUCAAUCGCACAAUUGAAAUCUCAGUGCCCAUCUAUCACGCCGGCGCAUUCGCCUACUACACGACCUACUCCCCCCUGCCCGACCUGUCAGAAGAUCUCACCUCCGCAAAAUCUUGCGAAAAGAAGCAGACGCCCCUCUACUACAUCGAUGUCGCUCCACGCCUCUCCUUGGACAACCGCCCGUUGCCCCUGCCCGCGCUCUCCAUCUUCUCGGUCAUAAGCAAGUUCAUGGGUAAGUACCCGAUAGACUGGGAGAAGCAUCUGCGCGGCAUCAGCAACCGCGGCUACAACAUGAUCCAUUUCACACCCCUACAAGUGCGAGGAGAGUCCAACUCGCCCUACAGCCUGUACGACCAGCUCGGCUGGGAUCCUGCCUGCUUCCCCGAGGGCGAGCCAGACGUGCAAAAGAUGGUGGAGAGCUUGGAAAAGAACCACUCACUCCUCUGCAUGACCGAUAUCGUGCUCAACCACACAGCCAACAACACGGACUGGCUGCAGGAUCACCCCGAGGCGGGCUACAAUCUCAAGACUGCCCCUCACCUCGAAGCCGCCUAUCUCCUCGAUACCAAGCUGCUCGAUCUAAGCCAGAAGCUGGCCCAGAUGGGCCUGCCGACCGAGAUCAAGUCCCUCGAUGAUCUCAUAAAGAUCAUGAACGCGAUCAAGUCGGAGGUCAUCAGUGGGAUCCGCCUAUGGGAGUACUACGCCCUCGAUGUCGAGUCUGACGCAGAUGCUGCUGUGGAAUCCUGGGUGGUUGGCAAGGUCUCGCUCCCCGAGGGCACUGUUGACCUUGAUGAUUUCGAGCGUGUAAAGACCUCCAGCCUGAAGGAUCAAGCCGCCUUUCUUAUCAAGAAUGGACUGCUCGGAAACGACAGGUUAGGGGAGCGCUUCCGGCGGAAAGUCGACCCCAAGGUUGCCGCCUCUCUGCUCUCGGCCAUCUACGGCAAGUACGAGGGGCCAUCAAGCGACGGUCCAGAUAGGCCUGCCGUCCGUAGUAAGAUGGUUGAGAUCCUGGACGCCAUGAACGUCCCUUUCUACGAAGAGUACGACAACGAAGUUGCCGAGAUCCUCCAGCAGCUUUUCAACCGCAUCAAAUAUGUGCGUCUUGACGACCACGGACCGAAACUAGGCCCAGUGACCGACAAGGACCCCCUCAUCGAGACGUAUUUCACAAGACUGCCCAGGAAUGAAAGGACGUCCAAGUUCAGCAAGGAGGAGUUGGUCCUGGUCAAUAAUGGAUGGGUGUGGGGAGGUAAUGCUCUGGUCGACAACGCCGGACCCCAGUCGCGCGUCUACCUUCGAAGAGAGGUCAUUGUCUGGGGCGACUGCGUCAAGCUCCGCUACGGCAGAGGUCCUUCAGACAGUCAAUGGCUCUGGGACCACAUGACCAAGUACGCGCGCACUCUGGCCAAGUACUUUGCCGGCUUCCGCAUCGACAACUGCCACUCGACCCCGCUCCACGUCGCCGAGCACAUCCUCGACGAGGCGCGCCGCGUCCGCCCGGAGCUCUACGUCUGCGCCGAACUCUUCAGCGGGUCGGAGACCACCGACUACAUCUUUGUGAAACGGCUUGGGCUUAGUUCGCUGAUCCGGGAAGCAAUGCAAGCGUGGAGCACCGCCGAGAUGAGCCGCCUCGUUCAUCGCCACGGCGGACGCCCGAUCGGCAGUUUCGAGGUGGACGAGAUCGCCAAGGGAGAGGUCAGGUCGCCCAUGUCACCAACGAGGGAGCACAGCAAUGGUGACCUCUUCAAGCAAGACCAGGAGAGCAGCCGCGAGAUCAUCCGUCGCAUCAAGCCUGUCCCCGUCCAAGCGCUCUUCAUGGACUGCACCCACGACAACGAGGUCCCUGCCCAGAAGCGAGAUGCCCGAGACACACUGCCCAAUGCCGCGCUUGUCAACAUGUGCUCGAGCGCCACUGGCAGCGUCAUGGGGUACGAUGAGAUCUAUCCUCGCCUCGUGGAUCUCGUCAAUGAGACUCGGCUCUACACUUCUGAGUCGUCCAACUCCAAAUCGAUCAAGGUUGGAGGCGGCAAGGGUGGCAUUGGCACGGUCAAGAAGCUGCUGAACCAGAUCCACACCAUCAUGGGCAAAGACGGUUUCGAUGAGACGCACAUCCACCACGAAAACGAAUACAUCACCGUCCAUCGUGUCCACCCCGAGUCACGAAAGGGCUAUUUCUUGAUUGCCCACACCGCCUACCCCGGUUACGGAAAUGGCAACGGCGCCUUCAACCCCGUCCACCUGACGGGAACCAAGGUCAACCACAUCGGCUCCUGGAUGCUCGAAGUUGACACGAGUGAAGAAGCGCUCAAAGACACCAUGGACGACCGCCGGUCUCUCCGAGGUUUACCCAGCCGAGUGAUCGACCUGCCGGGCGUCAGGAUCGACACCAACGGCAACGACACGACCAUCACUGUGCGCGAGAGGUUCCCGCCCGGAAGCAUUGCUCUGUUCGAGACCUGGAUCCCAGCCGCAGAGCACUCGGCUGGUCUCGACACCUUUGUGACCUCGGGUGCCAAAGCUGCGUUUGCCGAUCUCGACCUCAUCGACCUCAACUUCUUGCUGUACAAGUGCGAGUCGGAAGAGAGGGACUGGAGUGGAGGCAAGGAUGGCACCUACGAAAUCCCCGGGUACGGCAAGAUAGUGUACGCCGGUCUCCAGGGCUGGUGGAGCAUCCUGAAGGACAUCAUCCGCGACAACAACCUUGCCCACCCCUUGUGUCAAAAUCUGCGCGAUGGGCAGUGGUGCCUUGACUACACAGUUGGACGACUCGAACGCGCUUCCAAGACGGAGCAGUACGCUCGCCUCGGUAAGCCCGUGCAGUGGCUCAAGGAGCGCUUCGACGCGAUCCGCCCCAUUCCGAGCUUCCUCCUGCCUCGCUACUUCGGCCUGGUGUUGCGUACCGCCUACAUGGCUGCGUGGGAUCGUGGAGUUGACCUCAUGAGCAAGGGUGUUCGUGAAGGUCAGUGGUUCAUGCAGAGCCUGGCUAUGAUUAGUGUACAGCAGACAGGUCUUGUCAAGUCUGCUUCCCUGUACCCCAAUCGGUUGGUACCUUCGCUUGCCGCCGGAUUGCCUCACUUCUCUGUCGAGUGGGCGCGCUGCUGGGGCCGUGAUGUCUUCAUUUCCUUGCGAGGCCUGUUCUUGGGCACGGGGCGUUUCGACGAGGCCAAAGAGCACAUCGUGGCAUUCGCCAGCGUCAUGAAGCACGGCAUGAUCCCCAACUUGCUGAGCUCUGGCGACGCCCCUCGGUACAACGCCCGGGAUGCAGUCUGGUUCUUCCUCCAGUGUGUGCAGGAUUACACUCGGCUGGCGCCGAACGGCAUGGACUUGCUCAAAGAGAAGGUCAAGCGCCGCUUCCUUCCAUAUGACGAUACCUGGUUCGAUUCGAAGGACUCCCGGGCUUACUCAAAAGAGAGCACCGUCCAAGACAUCAUCCUGGAAGCUCUACAGAGACAUGCCACAGGCCUGGACUUCCGCGAGGCCAACGCUGGCCCUGGCCUCGACAUGCAGAUGAAGGACGAAGGCUUCAACAUCAAGGUCGAGGUCGACUGGGAUACCGGCCUCAUCUUUGGUGGCAGCCAGACCAACUGCGGUACGUGGAUGGACAAGAUGGGCGAGAGCGAGCGUGCAGGCUCCAAGGGCGUGCCCGGUACCCCUCGUGAUGGCGCCGCCGUCGAGAUUUCCGGUCUCCUCUACAGCACUCUCGCAUGGGUCUCCAAGCUCAACGCAGAGGGCAAAUUCCCCUACGCUGGUGUCAAAAAGGCCGACGGUACCGACAUCACUUUCAAGGAAUGGGCGGACAAGAUCAAGCAAAACUUUGAGCGCUGCUAUUUUGUGCCUGUCGACCCCGCCGAGGACGCCAAGUACGACGUCAACAUCAAGGUCAUCAACCGCCGCGGCAUCUACAAAGACCUGUACCGGUCCGGCAAGGAGUACGAGGACUAUCAGCUGCGCUGCAACUUCCCCAUCGCCAUGACGGUGGCGCCCGAGCUCUUCGACCCGGACCACGCCAUGCGGGCGCUGUGCCUCGCCGACGCGGUGCUGCGCGGGCCCACGGGCAUGGCGACGCUCGACCCGGCGGACCUCAACUACCGGCCGUACUACGUCAACUCGGAGGACAGCGACGACUUUGCCACAUCCAAGGGCCGCAACUACCACCAGGGGCCCGAGUGGCUGUGGCCGACGGGCUUCUUCUGCCGCGCGCUGCUCAAGUUCGACCUCAUGCGGCGCCGGCCUGACGACGCCGAGGGCCGGACCGAGGCGUUCCAGCAGGUCACGAGGCGCCUCAACGGGUGCAAGGACAUGAUGCGCGAGAGCGUGUGGGCGGGCCUGGCGGAGCUGACGCAGCGGAAUGGGGAGCACUGCCCUGACUCGUCACCUACGCAGGCCUGGUCGGCGGGCUGUCUUAUUGACCUGUACAUGGACGCGGCGGAGGAGCAGGCGUGGCAGCAGGGGGUGAGGGACACGACGCUGGCGAUCAGGACGUGA